GAUUAAGACUGAAAAAGUUUUUAAGCUGUUUGUUUUGUACAGGCUUGUAGGAGGCGAUGGAAAACAGAUCAUAUUUCAGAAAUGAAAUUCUCAGGAUUGAAGGACUGCGGAUCACACAGUACUCCGCUUAUCCAGUGUUUAUUCUUCUUUUCUUGACCUAUCUGUUCAUUAUGGUAUCUAACCUUGGCAUUGUCAUGAUGAUAGUAGUGGAGAAAGCUCUUCACAAACCAAUGUACCUUCUUUUCUGUAACCUCCCUGUGAAUGAUGCACUCAAUGCUACUGUUGUACUGCCUGGUUUACUCAAAGACAUUCUGGCUGAAUCUGACAGGUAUAUCAGCUAUGCCGCUUGUGUAAUUCAAGCCUUUGGGGUUCACACAUUCAAUACGUGUACACACAGUAUAUUAAUAAUCAUGGCUUUUGACAGGUACGUGGCCAUAUGCAACCCGUUAAGAUACAACACAAUAAUGACUAACAAAAUGGUUGUAAGGCUAUCUGUAAUAGCAUGGGUAGCUGCUGCUGUCCCAGUUAUAAUUUUAUUGGCCCUAACUUUAAGGCUCUCUCAUUGUACUUCAACGAUAUUAAAUCCCUACUGUGACAAUCCUUCUCUGUUUAAACUUUCUUGUGACAAUCUGUCUGUAAAUCAGAUCUUUGGGGUAUUUAUCACUGUUGUGGUUUUGAUUAUCUCGAUAUCAUGUAUCAGUCUUACUUAUCUAAAGAUUGCACAUGUUUGUCUAAAAAAUCAAAACAGCACACUGAAGAGCAAGGCUAUAAAAACAUGCAGCACCCAUCUGAUUCUGUAUCUCAUUCACUUUGGAUGUUCCUGUACUGUAAUUAUUUUGCACCGUUUCUCGGCUUAUGAAGAACUUCGAAAUCUGGCCAGUAUCUUAAUUUAUGUCAUUCCUACAAGCCUCAACCCUGUCAUAUAUGGCCUUCAAACCAAAGAAAUAAGACAUUGGAUUGAGCAGAUCUUCCUGAGAAGGAAAGUGAUUCCAGGAUGAGUCCAGAAUAAUUCCUUAAAACGUAUAUGUCUUUGUAUGAAAUGUAAAUGCAGUGUUAUACAAGAAAUGGCAUGUUACCCAAGAAAAAUAUAGACAAUGGAUAAAUUGUGUACAUUGUAGACCACUGCCACCAAUCGAUACAUAAGAGUCAGAAAAUAUUAUCAUGAUUUAUAUUUAAGUCAAAUUAAGUAUUAUCUUGUCUCCAUUAUCUUAUAUCACACCAGAUAUCUAUAUAGUCUAAUCAAUCUUCUUUACAUUUUAUCUUUAAAAUAUUUUUCUCUGUAUCUUUGUCAUGUAAAUCAUAUCCUGCUUUAAACAUUUUUUUUUCUGCAAGACAGAUCUUUAGUUACAUUUUUAAUACACUUUUUCAAAGGCUUGAUAAGUGAUACUGAUAAACUGUAGGAUGUCAGUGAAAGGUGUGACAAGUGUGUAAAAAUUUUCUAUAAGUCAGAGUAUGUAUUUUAUUUGCUGUCCGUGUUUAAAUGUGGAAAAACUGCUAUGCUGGUUUAAACAGCGACUGUUGUAAUGAACACGAGCCGUUUCAUUUCCAUUUGUAGAUUAUGAACAGCACCUUAUCUGUAAUGUGAGAACCUAACGUGGGUGUGCCAUCUUACCUUUGGAGCUAGUUUAAAAAUAAAUAAAUAAAUAAAAUUACUGUUCUGAAGUGUUUUUCAAUGAUAAGGUUAAUAUAUUAAUAACAAAUGAUGAUUGUAAUGUAACAUCAUGAGUAAUAUCCCUCUGGUUUAUUCUUAUUAAAUGCAGUUCUUUAAUAACCUGCUUUGUAGUUGCUUAAAAACAUGUUCUGCUUUGGGUGGGCACAGACCCAAUUUCCAGGUGAUAAAAUAAGAUCAGCUGCAUUGCAGAUUACACUUUGAGACAUUUUCCUAUUUGUAUUUUACUGGUA